AUGGAGACCCGGGAGGAACAGCUCGCCAGAUGGGCUGACCCAGCCAGGAUCGACGGCCGCCAGAGCCUGAGGGUGCUGCGAGGCUCGUUUUCGUGUCCUACAGGGGGCGCUUCGGCAGGGCGCACGCACAUCUCGGAAGCGCAGAUCCAGCUCGACCAGCUCGAAGACGGCCUCAUCGACACGCCUGGCAAAGCCGUGAGAGAUGGCGACGGCGAUGGCCCCAAGCGAUGGCACUUCAGGGUCCUGUCGGUGCCUCGCCUGCUGCCCGGCAGGCUCGCGCUGUCGCUCCCCAGGCAGGCCUUCGAGGCGCUCCAGGAGUCGUGGAAGCUGCACCCGCGCACCGUCGAGGUCUUCCUCUCCAACAACGGCGUCUUCACCACCUUCCGCUGCCCAACCACCAGGCGGCUGUCCCUGAUCCUCAAGGUCGCCAGCUCGCGGUCCACGGGCUUCGACAGCGUGUCUGUAACCUUCGACCCGUCUCGCCGCACGACCUACGUCCUGUACCACCACCUCAAGGACGAGGACGCCGUGUUUGCCGCGCUGCUGGCGGCGCCGGAGCGAUGUCUCGACCCCCAUGCCUUCGUCGCCGCGCUGUAUCGCUCGCACCACUACCAGAUCGAGAUACACCGCAGCAGCAUCGAUGAUGCAGUCCUGUCGAUCGAGCGGCAGACGGGCUACGGGCAGCCGGGCAGGAUCAUGGACCCCGGCCGCCGUCGCAGCGUCGAUAAACCGCCUGCGUUCGAGGACGCAAAGACCAUAAUCCAAAAACUAAGCUUCUGCCAGACGGACCUCGCAAUCAUCAGGCAUGCGGCGCAGUGUUGUCUAGGCUGCGGUGACUGGCUCGUCCAGUCAAUCAGGGAUAGGGACAGCUGCCCUGUAGGUCGCCCUCCCAACCCGUUCCUGGACAGUCUCAGCGCCGCACAGUCGAUGGUCUGCGAAGACGUAGAGUACAUGCGGAGACGGACCGCCAUGCUACUGUCGCAGGUGCAGCAGAUGACGGACAGAACCCAGAGCCAGACUGCGUUUAGUGACUCUGAAUACACUGCUGCUAUAGCCAUAGAUACUAAGCGCGACAGCAUCGCUAUGAGGACCAUCUCGAUUCUUGGGAUCAUAUACCUGCCGGGCUCCUUUGUGGCUACGCUGUUUAGCAUGGACAUGUUCCAAUGGGGCGAUCAGUCGUCUCCGCCAAAGGCAUCGCCCUUUCUAUGGGUAUACUGGGCAGUUGCGCUGCCACUCACGCUUGCAACCGUCCUUAUCUGGUUCUUCUGGGUCCGGAGAGAGAACUACAACAGCAGCAAGCGUCUGACAUUACACCGCGUCACGGCUCCCAAGGAUGAUGCUCGUGCUGCUGCCUCGGGCGUUUUCAGGUUUAAGCCUGGCGAACGAAUGGUUUAA